AUGUUACGUGGACGAAUGGAGCAACCACGGAUGGCAGACUUGCCUUUGGAUCGCCUUCAACCAGUACCCCCUUUCACCUUCGUUGGGGUGGACUUUUUUGGCCCGUUGGCAAUCCGAAACAAGCGGAAAGACGAAAAGCGAUAUGGGGCUGUGUUUUCUUGCCUCAGCUCCAGGGCCGUCCAUAUCGAAGUAGCACAAAGUAUGGACACUUCGUCGUUCAUUGGAUGUCUCAGGCGCAUGAUUGCUCGUCGAGGUCCCGUUAAACUUUUACGGUCCGACAACGGAUUGAACUUUGUGGGGGCCGAACGGGAGAUGUUGGAUGCCUUAAACGAGAUGGACAAAGAGAAAGUGCGCGUUUACCUCAAUGAUCGAGGAUCGGACUUCCAAGGUUGGAAACGAAAUCCUCCAGUAGCCUCAAAUUUUGGAGGAGUGUGGGAACGUCAAAUUCGCACUAUCCGAGCCAUCUUGUCUUCCCUUCUGAUCGACCAUGGUCACUGUCUCAAUGAUGAGACUUUUCGAACUUUGAUUUGUGAGGUGGAAGCCAUCAUGAACUCUCGGCCUCUCACAGUUGACAAUUUGAGUGAUCCGGAAAGUCCUCUGCCUUUGACCCCCGCUAUGAUGCUUACUCAAAAGACCCAAGUGUUUUUUCCCCCUCCUGGUGAGUUCGAGAAAAAUGAUGUUUACUCCCGGAGGCAUUGGCGACGGACGCAGUAUCUGGCUAACCAGUUCUGGUCUCGGUUCCGAAGGGAAUAUUUGGAAUCUCUCCAACCUCGUCAAAAGUGGAAUCAAUAUCGACCAAACAUAUCUCAGGGCGAUAUCGUGUUAUUAAAGGAGGAAAACCUGCCUCGAAACAAGUGGAAAUUAGGUCUCGUCACAGAAGCGUUUCCAGAUGACAAGGGUGUAGUGCGAAGUGUUCGUGUGCGGGUUGGAGAUCGCACUUCAAAUCAUGUUGGCCCGUUCCACACGCCAAUGUAUCACCGUCCAGCCAAUAAAAUGGUAUUGUUACAUCGUGCCUCGGAAGACCAGAAGAAGAUCCCAGACGAGGGAGCCCAAGAGAUCAAUCCUGACCAAGAAGAUUAA